AUGCCCAUUAGACCUGAAGAAUAUGAAGGGAAUGCUCCACCAUUUCAAGCCACUGUCUUCAUCAGAGCUCAGGAUUGUGAAAUGUUUACCAACAGUGAUCACUGCUCAACUUGUGUAGAUACUGAGAAGCACAUCAGCCAAAAAAAGGAACGGUUGGAAAAGAAAACGUCUGAACCAGUUAAGAGUAAAGCACCCUUAACUACUACCAGCAAGAGUAGACUAGUAGCUACGGUUCAAAAGCAAUGUCUUGUCUGCAAAGAACUUGAAACUCAUUUGACAGACCAAGAAAAAGAGAUUGCAAAGAAUAGCAUUUCUGUCGACGAAAACUUGGAGAAAGACAUAUUUUCCAUCCUUGCUGAUCGCAGUGAUAAAGAUGUUUCACCUCAAAUGAAAUUCUUCUGGGAGCAGCAGAGAAAGUUGCUCCGAACACCUACAUUUGGAUGGUGUUACCAUCCCCACCUCAUGCGAUAUUGCUUAUCGAUCCAUGCUAAGUCACCUGCAGCGUAUUGA